AUGAUCAGGAUUCAAAAAUGCUUUUACCAUGCAAUUCGAGAUACUUACAAGACACUUGAACAUAUUCAUACUACCGGGACUGUGCUAUAUCAAUAUGGGUUAGAUAUUCAACAAAUAUUUAUCGAGCAAAACCUAAGUUUCAAAAAAAUAGAGUCGUCAAUACGACGUUUUGGCAAAACCAUGAUGCCCUUACAAGUUCCCAACUCUAUUAUGAACAAGCACUAUAAUCUACAACCACCGCCUUUGGUGCUUACAUUUGAAUUUCAAAACACCUAUGCGGCAGGUUUAAAGCUGAAGAAGGAACUAACUGCAAGUCAAAUUGCUGCAUUUGAACAAUUUCGACCCGAUGAUGGUGAUUGUGAUAGUGUUUGUGAUGGUGAUGUCGCAGAGGAAGAAAAAGCGGACCCACCUACUACAUGUUUCCACCAAUUAGACAGAGGGGGGCAAGUCACGUGGCACGGGAGAGGGCAACUUGUAGCAUACGUUGUUUUAGAUUUAAAAUCCUUUUAUAAACUUUCUGCGAAAUGUUUUGUUAAUAAUGUACUUUUAAAACUGAUUCAAAAUGUUCUUGAGAAAAAAUAUGGUAUUGAGAGUUACUUGCUGGAUGCAAAUCCUGGAGUAUGGGUAAAGGACAAUGGAAAAGAAGAGGAAAAAAAAAUUGCAAGUGUGGGAAUCAAAGUUAGCCACGGUAUUACUCAAUAUGGCAUUGCUUUAAACAUUCUGCCAAAUUUGAAAUAUUUGAAUACUUUUGAAAUGUGUGGGUUAAAGAAUAAGAAAGCUACAUCUAUAAAGGAAGUGUUGGCGAAUAGGGGAAGUAAUUCUGCAGUAGCACCAGUUCCUUCUGUUGAAGAAGUUGCGGAGCUUUAUACUAGCGAGCUUGGAAAAUUGUUAGGCAUGAACAAAAUAGAGAAAACAAUUUUGUAG